AUGGGAAAUGUUGAUCAUAUGCCACAGCAACGCGUCUGGACGCGGAAUCUUUUUGUAAUCUUCGCUUCUUUAUUACUAUUUUUUAAUACUUUAUCUCUACUACCAUGGGGAAUAUAUCAUGCGCGGUCAUUUCUUUAUACCGAUGAUCAUUCUACCUCGCAAUUUUCUUCCAGUAUUGCUUCUCUCGAAACUGUAGAUAUCGGUCAAUUGCAAGGAGGGGAGAAUAUUGCAUCAGUACUUAAGGCGGCCGCGGAUAUCCUGAGUGCAGUAAGCGCACAGCAUCAUCUUACUUCUUUACAAGCUCUUAGCAACGAUUUGCAUCAGUUAGCUGUGGAUACACAUGAAGCACAGAGCGGGAAUAGUUUGAAAACUCGAGGACUUUUCGAUGGUUUCGCUUCGAUAUUAACAGGCGGUGCGGCAGGAGGAGCUGGCGGGGCAGCGGGGGCUGGUGGAGCAAAAGCGGCCAGUGGAGGAGGUGGCCUCACGGGAAUCCUCGAGACACUCGGUGGAAAGCUUCUUGAUGUUACUGCUGAUUCUUUGGCCACGCCGGCAGGGUUUUUGGGUGAUGGUGUUGGAAGAGGUGCUACGACUGGUCUUAAGAUCAACAAUGGAGUCAAACAAACUACCGCAGAAAAGCCAUCUGGUAUCAACGCUAUCGCGUCAAAUCUAGGAUUUGGAGCUUCCAAUGCUCUCACGGGAACUUUAGACACAUCCUCAUUCCUCACUGGUGCAGGUGCCGCUUCUUCCGCUCUAGGCACGGGUCUUGGAGGAGGAACCGCCAGCGGAUUGGGUCUUAAUAAAUCAGCUGUCGCUGCACCUAAUGGCACUGGCAUCCCGUUGAUUGCUGGGAGUCUUGGAAAUGGGCUUACUCAAUCACUCUUCUCGAAUAUUGAUAUGUCGAAAUUGAUGGGUGGAUUGCCGACUGGAAUGUUGCAAUCUGCGGUUGUGAAUGCGGGGAAAGGAUUGGGAGAAGGUGCUGCAGAAGGUCUUGAUUUACCAAUGAAUAUGGCUACUAUGAGAAUGAGACUCAAGAGAGCCGCCGCCGCCGCUGCAGGAACCAACACGACAGGCUCAGGUCUUGACGUUAGUACAAUUGCAUAUGGAUUCACCAAAUCACUCUCAAGCUCCUUCCUUGGCGCCGUCGAUGUCAAGAAAUUGGCUACCCAAGCCAUGUCCGGAUCCAAUCUUACCAGUAUGGUUGGCCCUACUCUUGUAGGAGCCGGAUCUGGAUUGGGUGCCGGCGCAGCACAAGGUCUCGGGCUCUCGAAUGCAGCUGUGACUCCUAGCACCGGAGCUGAUGCUGCAGCACCAGAAGUGGCUCAUAAUUUCGCAUACCAACUCACAACUAGCUUCCUCGCGAACGGAACGCUUUCGUCGCUGCAAUCGAAACUUAUGAGCGCGAUGUCUAUGACUAAUAUUUCUGCGAUGUUGGGUCCAGCGGCGCAAGGAGCGGGUAGUGGUAUUGGGCAGGGUGCUGCGGUGGGUCUGGGCUUGCAGGAUCCUUCGACGGCGCAGAGUCCAAUGGGUGGAGAUAUUGCGAUGGUGGCGAGAGAUUUCUCAUAUGGUCUUACGAGUAAUUUCCUUGCUAAUGGAACGGUUUCGCGUCUUCAGGCAAAAGCGGCUUCACUUCUUGGUGGAGGCUCGAAUUCUUCUUCUGGAGCAAUGAUGUCGGCGUUACAAAAAGUAUCGGUUUCGAAAGCAGCUGAGGGCCUCGCAAGAGGUCUUGUCGAUGGUGCCGGUCAAAGUGUAGCGAAUAUGGGAGGUUUCCAGGCGAUUCUCAAUGGAGCCAAUUCAUCGGAUGUGAUGAUGCAAGCCGCAACACCGAUUUUCAGAUCGGAUGAUUUCAAUGAUACGACGGGGGGAGUGGCAACAUCUUUUGGUCAGGGUUUGGGUGGGCAGGGUGUGACACUUAUUGCGCAAAUGUUGGGAAUGAGUAUGUCUAUGUCUUCUGAUGGUUCUUUAACACCAACCGCUAUGGGAAAUAACUCUACCGCUCCCGCAUCGUUUUCCUCUACAGAAGAAACACCCGCGAAUAAUCUCUCUGCCCCAGCUAUCCGCGCCCGUUCCUACAGAUCUUCCUCUGUAAUCCGCAAAUCCGCACCCCCAACCCGUUCAUUCUCCAACCUCCACAAACGCGCGGACAACCCCACCGACUCCACCAAUCUCAACAUCUCCGACAUCACCACCGGUCUUCUCAACGGCGUCAACGUCACCUCUCUCGACGUCCUCCUCCAAAAAGGCGUCGAUACACUUACUUGCGAAGGCAUCGGCGGUUUCGUCGAGAUCUUCAAGGGUCUCAAAGCAAGUGGGAGUAUUCCUGCCGCGGGGGGAAAUGUCAUGUUACCGAAUGCGACAUUUACGGUGGCGAGUCAGGGAAAUGAGUUUUUGAUUAAUCCGGCGACGCAGGUGAUUUUGGUGAAUGGGAUUGGAAUUAGUCGGUUGACGAUUUUGAUUGUGGUGCAUGCAUUCCUCCUCAUCCUCGCCUAUUUCCUCGCCAUCCCCCUCGCCCUCCUCCUCACCUCCGGCCACGAAAUCGCCACCAUGCUCUCCCUCCCCCACAUCUGGGCUUCCGCCCCCAAAACCCGUUUCCGCAUUUGGAUUUUCGCCGUUCUGCCUCUCUCUCUCGGGGGCGGUAUUCUCGGUAUUCUUCUUCUCGGCUCCGCAUCCCACGGCACGACUUUUCAUGGAAUCCUCGGAUUCGCGGUCCUCGUUUUGACAGUAUUGGCGUUUGUACUGGAAAUGAAAUUUCUUCCCGGGAUAGAGAAAUUGAAACUUCUGAGGGGAAUAGUGUUGAGUGUACUGUUGGCAGGCGCAAAUGCAGCGUUCGUAACGGGUUUUGUGGAUAUUCAGAGGAUUAGUUUGUGUACGGUUAGAUUGCCCGAUCAGGUGUUGAUUGGGGCGGCGAUGAAUGUGGCGAGUUUGUUUACGACGGGGACCACGGUGGGUGGCGGUCAAAAUGAGUGGGUGGGGAGGAAAGGGGGGAGUGUCGGGGUGAAUGUGGAUGGGGGGAAUGAUAUGGAGAAGAGUGGGUUUGAGACGGAUGAGAAGGAGAAGAUUGGAUUGGUGGAGAGGAUUAGGGGUUUGAGGGGUUAG